AUGUCGGUGGAAGACACCAGCUCCGGAAGUUCUGGUGCCGAGGCAGCAGUUACACCGGCAACAACCAGCGUGGCCCGAAUUUUUCUCCUGAGUGGUGGUGUUGCUCUCUUUCUACUUAUUGUCUUCACCGCAGUCAUCUCCUGCAAACGUCAAUUGGCCCGCGCCUGUCGUCUCACGCUUAUUGUUCUCUGUGUCAUCUGCACAACUGGCUUUUGUGCUUUCCUUCUUGUCUACCUGGGUCUGGGAGCCCGCGAACUGCGGUUAGCUCUCGGCGAUCAGGUAGUCCUUAUACCCGGUGCCGCCUCAGAGGGUGUAGCCGCCAGUGCCAGUCUCAAUAUAGGCCUGCAUCGUGCCUUCUGCGACAGCCUCACCCUCACAGCUGAUCGGCCUGGUCUCCUUGUUUGGACCGUCGCUAUCGCACCACAUCUUGUCACUAAUCGAACCUACGGACUGUUGUUACGGGCCCCCACACCUGGGGGGUCCCCGCUUGUGGUAGCCCUGCGUCUGUCGGCCGGUGAUCAGUUACAGGUGUUAGGAGGCGGUGGCGGGAGUGACCAGAACCAGCAGUUGGCCAUUUAUCAAACAGAAUUGCACUGGCAGGAAUGGUUGGCGGCCGAAGAGCAUCAACCGGCUCACGAGCUGUGCUGUGCUUGGUGGCCGCAACAGCCUAUCGCGGAGGGGAACGCCAAACUGAUCACUGUUGAGAAGUCGGCCUUGCAUCGUCUCGUAUUUCGCCAGUUGGCUCCUGACGUUGCCGCAAAUGGAGCUGCUGGAGAUACACAGUCCAGUCUGAAUCUGCGGUUGACGCGCUCCCUCUACCAGGCUUCAGAGUGCGAUCCCGUGGUCUGCGAUAGCAGACAAAGAGAGUGCGUGUUGCGAGUACUGGACAGAUGGUCCAUCCUCGACUUUCGCAUCGCACCAGGCUCGGAGCAGGUAUUUACUAGCGUCCGGGUUCAAGUGGAAUGUCAGCGUAAGGACUGGGCAAUUGCCAUGAUUGUGGCUCUAAUUCCGCUGGGGAGUCUAUUGAUCGCGUGGUUCCUCUCACGUCGGAAGACUGCACCGCGAAGACGUGGCCGCGUCAGAGUCAUACGACCCGAUUUGGGAGAGAAGAUGACCCACCGCACCAAUGAAGCAGAUAUCGGAGGACGGCAACAAAACGGCACCAGUGUGGAUUUUGUUUGA